CAGCAAUUCAUUGAGCCAUGGGCUUAAAUCCUUAAGUACAUAAACAAUUCCAUGAUUUUAUUUUGCAGUAAUACCAGCAAUAUGUUUUGCAUUCCUUGUAUACCUACUAUGGUGGAUGCAAAAACAUAAUACAAAUCAGAUGUAUUCUUCCAUUCGAGAUGCUUUGCAACACAUUGCCAGUGCAAAUGGAAGUCUGGUCAAACUAGGUUUUGCGGAUACAAAUCAGACAUAUUCGUCCUCUCUUCGAGAUGAUUUGCAACGCGUAGCCAAUGCAAAGGAAAACCAUGUCAAAUUAGAUUUUGUAGAUGCAAUUAGGAAAGAAUCCUCUCUUAGAAAUUCUUUGCAGCACGUGGUCAAUGCAAAGGAAAACCUGGUUAUAUUGACUUUUGUGGAUAAGGCAUAUUUCAAAAUGUUUUGGAAUAUGAGACUGUCCCUUCAAAAAAUAAACAAACAUUUGACAGAUAUUAUGUUACCUAUAUGCAAAGAUGAGUUCAGUUUUCGGAAAUUGAAAUCUAUGGAUGUUCGAUGCUAUUUUGCUGGGACUAAAUCAAAUAAAACUGGACUGGCGAGAUAUGGUACAAUGCAGUUUAACAAAGAGACGAAUGCAAAGAUACACUGGUUAUUGCAAUGUUUACAACUUGGAUACAAUACAUUGUUGACUGACGGUGAUAUCGUUUACAAAAAGGAUCCAUUACUGCAUUUAAAUUGUAGCGACUGUGACAUUAUCAUACAGGAAAACAUCGCCAAGGGAGAACUUAAUUCUGGCUUCAUGUUCGUAAGAAACACGCAUGCGUCCAUCCGGGUCUUUAAAAAAGUAGCUAAACUUGCAACAGACGCUAAAUUCUCAACACACGACCAAGUGUAUGUAAAUCGGAUUUUAAGGCCUAUGUUGAAACGAAAAACCAAUCGUGCUCCUAAAAUAAAAGUUUUGGACAGGACAAAAUUCGUCACAGGACAGAACUUUAAAAAGUAUUGGAACCGUCGCUCAGUUGUCAUGAUUCAUAACAACUUUAAAAUUGGACUAGAUCCAAAGAUAGAAAGAUUCAAAAAAUAUGGAAUGUGGUAUGAGUAGAACAACCUUCAGAAUACGUUAGUGCUUACUUUUGAACCACGCUGGUUGAGAGGGGACAUAAUCGAGAAUUCAAAAGAUAAACUGAUCCUCAUGUCAAGUCCUCUAGAUAACUGCAAAAUUAUUUUCCGAUCUGAAAGGUGUCUGUGUUGCUUGUUACCCCCCUCUCGCACCAAACUAGUUCUUACCCGUUCUUGCCAGUCCUACGAAAACGUCGUAAAACGGGCUCAAUCUUCGUUCAUAAACAGUCUUCAAUACGUCCAUCUCAUUCGCAGUUCGUUCAGGUCGCACCACGUCGGUGUGCAACGUCGUAUAACGCGUCUCUUAGUCUAGAAGGUCAUCAUGACCUGAUUACAGAACGGUAUGGUCGCCAUCGAAUUUUGAAUCGAUUCAAAAUUCUAAAUCACAUUCCCCGUCCGGGAAAGUCCGGGACAGUUCGUAAAUAGACCGUAGAACGUUGUAGCUACGUUCAUUCAGUUCGCACGCAGUUUAAAACCGAUUUGGCAACGUUUUGACGAUCACCAGAAAAUUUUGAGCAUGCUCUAAGUUCUGGAGGACCUACUCGUUCUAGUAGCUUCAUGAAGUUUGUAAACAGAUCCCAAACGGUUCUUAGUGGUUUCUUAGUACGUCAAAUCCGUCCGUGCACAGUUUAAGCCCGUUUUCGAGAACGUAGUGAGAACUAGUUUGGUGUGAUAAUUAGUAGGGUUAACAAAAAAUUGUUUCAAUUUUAGAAUAUUUCUGGCUUAUGUCAUUUCUUUUCAUAUCUAUUUUCUAAAAAUCCCCAAGUAUUUUUACAAUAAUGUAUUAUUUUUCAAUAAGAAGGGUUACCAUUCUUAUGAUUUGGGAGAAUAACAUUUUUCACCCAUUUUUGCACUUUGAAUCCAUUAUAACUUCAUCAAUUGACAACAUAUCGUGAAUUUCUUGGGAGAUAUUGUAUUUGAGAUGGUAAGGAAUAGAUUUGUAGGUCAUUUGUACAUGUUGCUUGUAAUUUUGUCACCCCAUAUAUCUGAUUUUGCCUUUAAUUAAGAGUUUUCUAUAACUGUCACUGACACGAAAAUUGGGCCCAAUUAAGAGCUUAUCCCCUCACCACUAUUACAGAA